AUGGACUCAAGAACGACGUAUGUCUUAUUAUGGAUGUUGCUGUCCUCCACCUCCACUGGAAUCAAACUAGAUGGAAAUGGUUAUGUUGAUAUUGUCAUUGCAAUCGGCUCAAAAGUACCACAGGAUGAGAGACUUAUUGAUAAAAUCAAGGAAAUGGUCACUGAGGGGUCAUUUUACCUUUAUGAUGCAUUGGAUGAAAAAGUCUAUUUCAGAGAAGCAACUAUACUAGUCCCACCUGAAUGGAAUGGUACAAACUAUGCCAAAGCAAGAACAGAGUCUUUUGGAAAGACAAAAAUAAGAAUUGAUAAUGCUAAUCCAGCAUUUGGUGAUGAACCCUACACUAAUCUGUAUGAAUGUGGAGAAGAGGGACAAUACAUUCACUUCACCCCAGAAUACCUUCUGGAUGACAAUCUAAUUGAGCUUUUUGGAUCAAGAGGAAGGGUCUUUGUGCAUGAAUGGGCUCAUGUGAGAUGGGGUGUGUAUGAUGAAUACAGGGCAGAAAAUCCAUUUUACCACUCUGAUGGCCAGAUUGAAGCUACAAGGUGUAGCAGAAAUAUUCAAGGUCAGUUUUACGAGGUUACCACAGGAGGAUCUCUUCAACAGUGCCGCAUUGAUCCCCAAACUUCAUUACCUACCGAGGAGUGCAUGUUUUUUCCAGAAAGAAAUCAAAUCACUAAUAACUCAAUUAUGUACUUCCCGGGUCUGGAUCCUGUGACUGCAUUUUGUCAAGAAAAUGAACACAAUUAUGAAGCUCCGAACAUACAGAAUAAAAAAUGUGGCAAAGCAACAAGGACAGUAAUAUUUGAGGAUUCUGUGGAUAAAGAGGCACUUCGUUCUCUGAAACCACUGCAGUCCCCUCCACCAGCACCAUCUUUUAAAGUUGUGCAGCGAAAGAAAAGAGUUGUUUGCCUCAUCCUUGAUGUCUCAGGAAGCAUGAGAGGUCUUAGAAUUCUUCUACAGGAGCAGGCUGCCACACAUUUCCUCCGGAACAAUAUUAAUGAUCAAACCAGUGUUGGGAUUGUAACCUUUAGUACUAAUGCUUUUACUUUGAGCCCCUUGACUACUGUUGAUAGUGAAACCACAAGAGAGAGUCUUAUCAAAUUGUUGCCAAAAGUUGCAAAUGGAUGGACAAACAUAUGCUUGGGCCUUAGUCAAGGCCUACAGGUACUUCGAGCAGAUGAUGGGGAUGCAAUAGGAGAUGAAAUAAUUUUUCUGACAGAUGGUCAGGCAACAGACGACGUUUCUCUUUGUGCUCCUUCUGCAAUACAAAGUGGUGCCAUUAUACACACACUAGCUUUAAGUCAGAGUGCAGAUAAGGAUCUGAUAGAAAUAACAAAAAACACUGGGGGAAUAUUUUUUUUCGCCAACGAUGAGAUCACAUCUAACCAGUUAAUGGACGCACUUGCUUCGUUCACAUUAUCAACUGGAGAUUACACUAAAGAGCCAGUUCAGCUAGAGAGUAUUGGAGCACGAACAUCUGAUUGGUUCAAUGGGACAGUAUCGGUGGAUCAGACUGUUGGGAACAAAACCAGCUUUGUGAUAAUCUAUGAAAGAAGUUUUCCCAGCAUUUACAUACAGUCUCCAAGUGGCUUAAUCUACACUCAGACAAAUAUGAAUCAUGAUGGAUCUCAGAAAACAGUCACUUUAAAUUUUCCGGGAACUGCAGAGCCUGGUGACUGGGAGUACAGUAUCCAAACAACAAUAAUUCAAGCUUUGACUAUAACAGUGACGAGUCAAGCAUCACGUGAUGAUGUUCCUCCUAUCACUGUCAAAACCCACAUGAACCAGCAGUUCAGUGACGGCUCUAAACCCAUGCUAGUGUUUGCUGAGGUUAGUCAGAAUUACAGGCCUGUAAUAAAUGCUGAUGUUUGGGCUACACUUGAGUCAGAAACUGGGUCCACGCAUACAUUACAACUCCUGGACAACGGAGCAGGAGCUGAUGGUAUUAAAGAUGAUGGAAUAUAUUCCAGAUUUUUCACAAAGAUGGUAAAUGGGAGAAGCAGUUUGAAAGUAAGAGUGAAGAAUCAAGAUGGACAAGCCAGAUAUGCUGUUAAGAAAAAUAGUGCUGCCCCAUAUGUACCUGGAUAUGUGUUAAAUGGUGUAGUGCAGCUGAACCCUCCAAAGCCUCCAGUUGCUGAAGAACCACUGGAAGUCGGAAGCUUCACCAGAACAGCCACUGGAGAGAGUUUCGUGGUGACUCUUUCAGGUACAACUCCACCAAAUUUCCCUCCGAACAGAAUCACAGAUCUGAGCGCUGAGAUCCAGGAGGACACUGUGCUUCUCAGCUGGACAGCUCCUGGUGAGGACCUCGACGAUGGCACAGCUAAAUCCUAUGAGAUCAGGUGGAGUUUUGACCUUGAUAUGCUCCGACACAACUUUAGCAAUAGUCAUGAAAUCAACACAACUGCUGUCUCACCUCAGGAGGCUGGAUCAGUUGAACAACAUUCAUUCAAUCUCAGUUUCCCAAUCCAAAAUGGCACCACGCUCUUCUUUGCAGUUCAGUCAGAUGAUGAACAAAAUGCAAAAUCUGAAAUCUCCAACAUUGCUCAAGUUUCAAAGAUCGUCCCUGGUACAAAAUACCCAGGAAUAUCAAAUCCAGGAAUGAAUUUGACAGUUCUUGUUAUUUCUGUGUGUGUGGUUACUAUGGUCAUAUGCGUUAUUGUUGCUGUAACCACAUGGGCAGUGAAACGCAGAAAAAUCUCUGCUGGAAGUAAAGUGGCAUUAACAAUCUGAUGCAAACGAAUGUCAAAUUAAUCAAAUAUGCCUAAUUUGAAUGUAACUAUGUACAUCCAAUAGCUACACCCAAGCAUUUCAAAACUUAUUUUAGCUUUUAAAGAUUUUAUAAUAUUUAUAAUUUUUUUAAAAUAUAUAUUUUUUUUGUGUGUGUGUAAGCUAGAAUGGGCAUCCAGAGUGCUUUUGUGGAUUUGCCUAGACUUUUAACAAACAAAAUGUUAUGUUUUGAGUUUUUGUACUUCUCAUUUUAUUAACAUUAUUAUUUAUUGGUGUGUUGUGAAAAAUGGCUUUCUAUAUGAUUAUUUUUCUUUUAUAUAGAUGUUGCAGCAUGACUAUUUAUUAAACAAACAAAAUAAAAUUCUCU